CUUCAACCUGCUUAUAUAUAUGGUCCACAAGAAGAGAAGUUUUAGCACACAUUUUCUUCAUUUAUCUUGGAUAGGCGAAUGCCUUAGUGCUCUGCUCUGCAUUCAUCAUGUCUUGCAGAGGCGUUGUUAACGAGGGUGAAGGCAAGGGCAAGUGUAAAGAGAUUUAUGAGCAAUCAUCCCACAAUCUCUCAUCUUCAUCUCUCAAGUCGCAGACCAACAAGUUCCAUCUCCUAACACUCUAUGAAUGGCUCAGGCUCUUGUUGUGCAAUCUGCACCAAGUGCUACUUGGAACAAAAUUAAGCCUCUUGUUCCCUCUGGUUCCUGUGGCUAUUCUACUAGAUCAAUUUCAUUUGGGAAAUGUUUGGGUGUUCAUCAUAAGUUUGUUGGGUCUUGCACCUCUGGCUGAACGUUUGGGUUUUAUUACAGAACAAAUAGCAUUUUACACUGGUCCCACAGUGGGUGGACUACUGAAUGCCACAUGCGGCAAUGCAACAGAGGUGAUUAUUGCAGUCAUCGCGCUCUGGCAUGGCAAGAAUAACGUUGUCAAGUAUUCUCUCUUGGGUUCUGUCUUAUCUAACCUACUUCUUGUACUGGGGACAUCUCUAUUGUGUGGGGGAUUAGCCCAUAUGAAAAAAGAGCAAAAGUUUAACACGACUGCAUCAGGAAUCAAUUGCAGCCUUCUUAUGAUGGCGUCGUUGAGUCUGAUGCUACCUUUGGCUUUUAAACAUUCAUUCAUUCAUGGUGAUGCUACUGUCUCCGUUCUCAAACUCUCCAGAUUCACUAGUGUCAUCAUGCUCCUAGCUUAUGGAGCAUACUUAUUCUUUCAGCUCAGCACACAUCGACAAGUUUUUGAUGAAGGCCAGGAGACGGAAGAUGAGGAAGAGGAGGAAGAACCUUGUAUUGGACUUAUAAGUUCCAUUAUAUGGCUAUGUGCAAUUACCGUAGUUAUCUCUGUGCUUUCUCAAUUUGUAGUCGUGACCAUUGAGGAUGUGGCAGAAUCGUGGGGGAUAUCUGUGAGUUUUAUAAGUAUAAUAUUGCUACCAAUUGUAGGCAACGCAGCGGAGCACGCUGGAGCUGUGUUAUGUGCUCUCAAGAACAAGCUUGACAUAUCGUUAGGAAUAGCUGUGGGUUCUGCUACUCAGAUUUCCAUGUUCGUGAUCCCUUUCAUUACAGUUGUGGCUUGGAUAAGGGAUAUAUAUAUGGACCUUGAUUUUCAUCUGCUAGACACUCUUAUUCUGUUCGCCACGGUCUUAAUAACAGCAGGUGUCUUACAGGACGGUAAUUCAAACUACAUGAAGGGAAUUGUUCUGCUGCUGUGCUACUUCAUUAUUGCUGCUUGCUUCUUUCUUCUCCAAACACCCCUCACCAACGGUGGUGUUGAUCAUGGUGACACAGAGCACGAGGAAGUUGUAAUACGUGAAAUUGUGAGAGCAGCAAUCCCUGGGCCUUUGUAGGAUAUGGAUGGAGACGGAUAUUCAGGAACAUGGUCGAUUAAGUCGACAACAUUUCCAAUAUUAUCAUCAGUGUGUUCAACAUUUGGGAAAGCAAUUAUUUUUCAUACUCAUUACCAACUAAAUCUCUGCUAUUAAAUGCCAGAGUAAUCAAAUGAGAUGGCAACGGGAGCAUUUCAUGGGCCCGGUAGCUUUUAUGUUUACCAAGUUCAGUGAAAAUUGUAGCGUGGGAUAAAACUCAUGCUCCCUACUACACCCAUCUGUACGUUCCUCACAAAUAAGAUCAUUUUCAACUCACUUUCAA